AGCGAUUUUUUCGAUGGCUCGCAAGUGUGUCCAUGACAUUGAUGUGGCAAUGCGACUCAUCCGUGAUUCAGUUUUCCGCAAGCAACAAUACGAUCGAGACACGGUUUCGUAAGCAUUUUCUGGAUGUGAGACUUUUACAUAUCCACACACAUAUACGCUAACUAAGCAACAGUGUAAGCCAGUCUAACGACUAAAUCACAUACACUACAUACAUACGUACUUAGCAAAGAAUACUGGCUAUGCGGUUUUGUUGUGGAAUAGAAAUAACAAGAAGAAGAAGCAAAAGAAUAAGAAGACAACAAAUCGGUCUAGAGGUGAAAGAAAAGUGUUGAUGGCAAUAAGCAGCUUAGUUUGGUUAGAAUAGUUGCUUCGAAAGGUUGGAAAAUUGGAAAGAGAAUGAAUGCAAAUAAACAAAUACGAAAAUGUGACAACAAAUAAACUUAUAAAAUUAAACCAAAUUAAUUAAGCCAACACCAACAGUGAAAAUGUAAUUGGUGAACUUGUGUUUUGAAUUACGACAAAGGCAUUUUGGAGAAUCAGUGCAAAUAUUUACAAAUUGGCAAAAGAAAUUACAUGAAAAGUUGCGGAACAAAAAUAAGUUGUGAAUAUUAAAGAAAAUAUGAAAAUUCUAAGUGAAAACCAGAAACCCGAAGGAGAAGGAAAAAUAAAAAUUCUAUUCAAGAUUAAAACAAAUAGCAAAUAGUUAUAGUUUAGAAAAAUAGUUGAUAAUUGUUAACCCAUAAGACUGCAUUUAUUGGAUUAAACGCAUAAGUUAAGCAGCAUUUAAGUGCAAAAUAAAAUAAUCUGUAAAAAAAAAAAUUUAAAAAAGUAUUUCAACAAUAUUGAACUUAAUAAUUAGAAUAAGGUGAAUAAGAAAGCAAUAACUGUUUAAAGACACAUUUUUAAACAAAACACAUGCAAGUUGUAGGAUAGUGUGAGAAAAGUAAUUAACAAUAAUUUGUUUUUGUGUCAGAUGAAAUUGGAUUAUCCAAUCAGUGUUGGUGUAAACACUAAUUAAAUACAACAACAACUGGGAAUAUUACGCAAAACUAAUGGAAGAACUCAACUACAACAACAAAGGUACCACACAUUGAAACGCUGGAAUCCACACACAUACACACACACACACAUAAAUAAAAAAAAUUUAUAUACAGCUUCAUGUUGAUUGCUGCCGUUUAAUUGCUGUUUCAUAUAAUUGGAGUAUACAUACAUACAUACAUACAAACAAGUGGAUUAGCCGUUGGAUUUCAAAUGCAAAUGUAUGUCGGCUUAUGAAGAGGUCUAGGAUGUCCAAUUAUGUUCAUUAAUGGUAAGACUUUGGAAAAUACCACCUGGUCUAAUAAGAAGAAUUUUUAACAUAUUUAAGGACAAAUCGAGUUUCAAAAUUUUCAACGUUAAAAGUCAUUUUUCAUAGUAGACUAACACGGAAACUAGAACCUCCUGCAUAAUUAACCAAAAACAAAAAGAAAUAAUAGCGUAAGGAAAGCAGGAAAGCAGGAAAGCUCUUUUUCAAGAAACUAUCAGAGUAAUCAAUAAGCACAGCAAAUACAUAAUGAAUGCGCCACAAUCAGCAGCAGCACACACCACCAGAAAGCAUUGCAACAGCGGCAGCAACAACAACGGCAACAGCAGUAGUAUCAUUAGUCGCAUUAGCAACAGCAACAACAUGAACACCACCGUAAACACACUACACCAGCAACAACAGCCAGCCAGCAGUAGCACAAUGUCCACAGCGACGACGAUGACAACGUCAGCACUGAGACACACACAAAGUUCCGCAGCACUGCCGCCCACCGCCUCGACGACCAACACAGCUGCCUGUCCGACUCCGACGGGGCGCAGCCCCUCGCCAGACGGCACACAAGAUUACGAUGUAACGCGCAUGCGUGAGGAGGACUUUGAACGGCUGGCCGUUUAUAUAGUGCCCGAUGUGCAGUGUGAACGCGGCAUAGCGAAUCGGGCAGAUCGUACGUUACCACGUAGCCUAACACUGAAACCUUCGAUGGUUUUCUCAACGCCAAAUGUUAAGACUGAAGGAGUUUGGAGCACAGGUGUCAUACCACGCGGCACACGUUUUGGCCCCUUUGAAGGCGUUCCAACUCCAAAUUAUCCCAACGAUAAGAAUAGGGCGCGCUAUUUUUGGCGGGUGCAGGAAACACGCCACAUAACCUACGGCAACAUUAAGAUCUUCAAAGAUGACGACUUCUACUAUCUGGACGGCUCGGAUCGUGCGCAAGCCAAUUGGAUGCGUUAUGUUGCCUCCGCCUACAGUCUCUCCGUAAUGAAUUUGGUGGCGUGUCAACAUCAGGAGAACAUCUAUUUCUAUACAACACGAGACAUAAUGCCCAACGAAGAGUUAAUGGUAUGGUAUUGUAAGGAUUUUGCGCGACGGCUUGGUUAUGACGUGGAUCCGGAGCGUACGAUUUUCGGCGCAUGCAAACAGUCCGCCGAUGAGGACGAGGACGGCGAGCCCGAUGGUGAUGAUGAAGAUGUGGCAACAACAGCAUCAUCGCCUACGGCGACGACUUCACCAUUGCUGCUGGAGCACAAGCCAAAGUUGCGUUCGAACUCACCAUAUUGCAUGCCCGCUCCCGAGAUACCACCAGAAGUUGCCUACAAUCACAUCACCUACGUCAUGGGCCUACCAAUACCACCACUACCGGCUGUGCCAGGCAAUGGGUCUAGUAAUCGGCGCUCCGUUACGCCUAGUCCCUCUCCGCCCAGUUGUAGAGAGAGCAAUGCAAGCCAUAUGCAACACUUGGCCGGCCUACCACACAUACUCCAUGCGCAGUCAUCAAUACUUCCUCGCCAUCAGAUUGCACAGCAAAUUCCAACACACCAGCACCAACACCAACACCAGCAUCAGCAACAGCAACAGCUCGCAUCAUCACAUCAUCAGCAGCAUAUACAACAACAUCAAACGGUUUUACAUCUCAAGCAAGAGCCUGGCGCGUCGGUAAUUGUGAGAGACCGUUCACCGGCGACCAGCGAAUGUGGUGUAAAGGAGGCAAAGGAUGCCGCGAGCUCACCCAUACCACACAAGGACGCACAAUAUGAGCAUCAGUUGACGCCGAAUGAUGGUAGCGUGCGGUCAGUUCGCUCGGAUGAGGGUUACCAUAGCAACGAGUAUCACGAAGACGGCCUAACACCACCUGAAGACUCUAGCGACAGUGAAAGUGAGCACAACUAUGUAUUAGACUGUUCGAAGAAAGCCAUCGCACCGAAAGAAACUGUCAUUACACAUCCGCAAAAGGCAGCUGUUGCUGCGGCCGUGGCUGCAGCUGCCGCUGCUGCUGCCAACAACAGCGCCACCGCUGCCACCAGCGAUAAUUCCUCUGCUAAAUCCACACCAGCUGUGGUCUCCUCGGCAGCUGUAGCAAUGGAUUGCGGUGAUAAGAACGAAUAUCGAAAGUUUAAAGUGAAAAUGCCACUGAAGUAUGAGUUCAAGAACAGCAAAUGCGCCAUUAAGACUGAGGCUAUGUGCCACAUAAGUACCAACAAUACAAAUAAUACUGACGAAUCGCCCACAACUAGAGCCACGUGUAGUGAAGAUGAUCUACUGGCUACCAAUGAAGCAGCGCCCACUUGCACUUCUUCGACGCAGUUGGACGAAGAAGCGAUGGAUGUGGACCACUUGCCCGGCUCAACAAUCCAGCAAGAACAUGCCUCCAGUACAGUUAUUGUUGCCGAUCGUGGCUUGAACGCGGCUAACGGACACACGACACGCACGAUUGUCCCACUAAGUAAGGCCUACUAUGAAGCCGAGACUACAUCACCACCUCCACAUCCAGCAACACAGUCUGCCGCAGUUGCGAGCGUCGGUUAUAUGCGUUUUACACCUCCCUCUUCAAGCAUACUGGAAACCAUACUCACAGGGCAACAUCGUUUGGAGGCAGCUGCAGCUGCGGCAGCUGCAUGUCGUCAGGCCAAUGCUGCUACACCGCCACCCUCAUCACCUACGGAAAUGGCUUACUCCUAUAAGAAAUCACAUCGUUAUGGCAAUGCCGUUAGCCCCGAUUCCAGCUCAAAUUUGGCGCAGGCUCCCGAUUUACAUGGCUCUUCCCUACACGAGACCGAAAUGUUGAUUGCAUCGUCACGUGCGAGUCUCAAGGAUGACUGCUCGCCGCCUCCGCCUCCAGGACAUCAUGUGAUGUACUCACCAGCACAUGGCGCGCACAGCGCCUUCGUCUCUGAUGGUCAUCAAACGCCUCCCUACUCAGCAUACUCGCCUUACUCUACUGGCAGCAUAAAUGGGGGUGUACCGGGCGGCGGUCAUCCGUUGUCACACGUGCCCACAUCUACCUUCCACUCGCCUCCACAUAGUUCACACUCGCCCUUUGACCGGCAAUCGAAUGCAUCCAGCGGCUCUACACCUAAUCUACACUUGCUGCAGUCCAACUCACAGAUGCUCAUGCAACCGUUACGUAUAUCUCCCCCUAACAGCUUAAGUCCUGAUGGUAAUUCAUGCCCACGCAGUGGCAGUCCGCUGAGCCCAAACUCCCUAGCUUCAAGAGGCUACCGCUCACUGCCAUAUCCCCUAAAGAAGAAGGAUGGUAAAAUGCAUUACGAAUGUAAUGUUUGCUGCAAAACUUUCGGACAGCUAAGCAAUCUCAAAGUUCAUCUGCGUACACACUCCGGCGAAAGGCCAUUCAAAUGCAAUGUCUGCACGAAGAGCUUCACACAGUUGGCACACCUGCAGAAGCACCAUCUUGUGCAUACGGGCGAGAAACCACACCAGUGCGACAUCUGUAAGAAGCGCUUCUCCUCAACGUCAAAUUUGAAGACCCAUCUGCGAUUGCACAGCGGCCAAAAGCCCUACGCGUGCGAUCUAUGCCCGCAAAAGUUCACGCAAUUCGUUCACCUGAAGUUGCACAAGCGUUUGCACACAAACGAUCGGCCAUAUGUUUGUCAGGGCUGCGAUAAGAAAUAUAUAAGCGCAUCGGGUCUGCGCACCCACUGGAAAACGACGAGCUGUAAGCCAAAUGAUUUGGAGGAAGAACUGGCCAUGGCUGCAGCAGCAACUUCGGAGUGUUUAGAUAAGGAUUUGCCUGAGCCCGACUCCCGUGAAGCCUUCGAACAUUUGCAACAACAAAUGCAUCCACACUUGCGUCACCUGCCAACGGGCCCCAGUUCGGCUAACAAUCCUGGCUCCGCCGGUCAUCCAUCACCACCACGUCUUAUUUCCAUCAACUCUCUUCAUCAGCAACAAGCACAACAACAACACGCUCACGUACAUCUCCAGCAACAGCACGCUGCCAUGCUACAACAACACGGGACUACCGCAGCAUCGCAACAGCACUUAACCAGCUCACCUUCGAACCCGGCGGCCGCUGGAAUGCUACUUGCCACGUCGGGGCAACAGCCACAUCAUACUAGCCACCAGCAACAACAACAGCACCUACAGCAUCAGCAACAUCACCAGCAAAUGCUGCAUCAGCAACAACAACAACAAUCCCACAACUUAAAAUCCGCCAGCAAACAACAAAUGCACCUACUGCCCCCCGGUGCCGCCGCCAAUAGCGGGAACUCUGUCUCAGCACCGACCAAUGAGGCUUACAUGAGCGUCUCACACGCACAUGCCGCAGCAGCAGCAGCCCAUGCGGCGGCAGCAGCGGCAGCGGCUCAUGCAGCAGUGGCUCAUCAACACGCGCAAAAUCAAGAGUCGCGCCCUUCGGUGAUCGAGUCAAGUCAGCCGAUGAUAAUCGAGUGCACAUAGAUCAGCGGCGAGGAGGUGAAAAGCAUACAACCAAAAUCGAAAGCGGUGAAGCUGCGGUCGAUGUGAAGUGAGCCCGAAUGAGCUCGAUCAUAGCCGAGCUCAGCAAAGCUGAGGAGUUAAGCUAAACUAACCAAGCUGAGAUGACUUCUACUGAGUUGAUUAGAGUCGUGACGAAAUAUCCACUCAAACCCGUCGCCCCUGAGGGUUGCAACGUCAAAGCAGGCAGCAGUGAGCUGGAAUGUCUCACGAAAACACAAAGCCAGAAAAAUAGUGAAUAAAAGUGCAAUAUGAAUAUGUAAGAAACUCAUGAGUUGGACACUUUUUAGUUUUUUAGCUAUGAGUUAUUUACGUACUUGAAAACUGAGUUAGAAAGAAUAAAAACAAAAAAGGUAUUAUUAAUUUAAUAGUCGACAAUGUCAUUUAUAAUUAGUAAAAU